AUGUCGGUGUCGGACUCGGACUCAGACGGCCGGCCUCCCCAUCACCAAGUCUUCAUCAUUGCUAAGAUUAGACAUCGAUACCAGGGGCUGGCAGUUGCGCACCUUCCGGGGUUGAAGGGCGGGUCGGCAUUGAAAUGCUGCCUAAGACUACUCAACAUCUUCCAAGACCCGAACAAUCGAGCCUUUCUUCUUCACGAGAUUGAGUCUGCCAGGAUCGAGGAAAUGCCUACAAACGAGAACGAGAAUGGCAGCUCAGUCAUACAAGAUCCUCACAAAGAGAACCACACCAAUGAAGAUUUGAUUGGAUCGCCUGCUAGUGGCAAUGGCCGUGGUGUGGUCGAGGCUAGUUCAUUCACUGGUAAUGCGAGCAACAAAGACAUUUCAGCUUUACAAGAUUCUUGCGGCGAGGUCGAGGUGAAUGACGGCCACCCACGUACGGAUCGCGAUAACAGCCCCGAGGGUGAGACUUGCUCAUUCAGUGCCGACACAACUAUAAAAGGCAGCCUAACCGUACAGCAUUCAACUAGAGAUUGUCAGAACGAACGCUCCGAAAACGAUCCAGAUCCCGGCGGCAACGUUACUACUGCAACAGGAGUCUAUCCCUUUUACGACACGAGCUCCUACAGUGGAGCUCUUACCGGGCAGAAUACGCACAAUGAGAUCAGUGCAAAAAAUCAAUCAGAUCCUGACAAUGGCGGUAGUAGCGCAUACAUAGCAAAGUACCCCUUUAUUACGACUUGCCUAGUACUCGGCAUGUCCGCCGAUAUAAAAAUCUCCAGGAUCAAUCCGGGGGUAGUACUAGAUCGGUUCGAUACAAAAUUUGUUGGAAACCGCGACGAUGACGGCAGCACCAUCAUCGAUAUAACUGACCCGCCAGCUCUUCGAUACUGCUUUAUCAAUCCCGAAGAGAAUGAACAACAUUACCCAGAGCCUGCAACUUUGGUCCCACUCGAUGCGGCCGAAUUCCUCUCUAUUCGCGCAGAGGCAGGUUUGCCGGAGAAGCCUUCACCCCCUGCCGAGCCAGUUCGAACAGGUGCUUUGGACCUUCGAACAAUCUCGCUUGCCAAGCUUUUUGAGGAGGCUCUAAGGGAUCCGAACUAUCAGAACUGGAUAUCGGAUGCAGAAGUACUACCUAGUUUCUUCCAAGACUUCCAGGACUUCAUCUACACCCAUCCGGACAUAGUUGCAGACUCUCCGACUGCUUCAGCUCUCAUAUAUCGGUAUAGUUGUGCCGACGGUCUCCUCUGGCGCUUAUCUGCUAACUCUUCCCCUAUCUUUAGGCAUGUUCCCAAAGAUGACUCCGCCCGCAGUUCGCGAGCUUAUGACGAUGAUCAAGUCAAAGUCUGUAGACCUGACCCACAAUAUUCAUUUCACGCCUGA